AUGUCACAUGCAUGUAUGGUGCACUGCGCUGACGUGCAUGUUAAAUAUAUGACGUAUCUGUAUUUAACUCAAGUGUUUGUGACGUUGAACGAACGUACGUGGUGUGCGUGUGGUCCACAUGUACGUGACGUACUUGUAUUUGACGCACUUGUGAGUGGUGCUCGUGUGGGUACUUUAUGUCAAAAACACGUAUGCCAUAUACAUCAUCUGGAUUAUCGGGAAUUAACAGCAAUUGAUAGUAAUGAAUGCGAGAUGUCAGCUCGAAGAAAAAACAAUAAAAUCGAAAAAAGAUUUUUCACCAGCGAGCUAAAAACUGGUGAUCAGGAGUGUAGUUUGUGA